AUGUCAGAAUCCCCAGUGCGGUCCUCAAGAAGGGUCGCUUCUCGCCGGAAAGUGGUAGUGGAAUCAUCAGAUGAGGAUGAAGGUAUGGAAGUAAAGGUUGAGGAGGAAGAUGACGAGGAAGAGUUCACCCCGGCACCGAAGCGUAGUACCCGGACAGCCCCCCAGUCAAGGAGGAAAACGGCGAAUUCAAUGGCAGCUACACCUCGCACAGGCGGCCGAGCGAAGAAGAGUUUAGGAGCAGAGAAUGCUGAACCUUCGGAAAUCUUCGAUCCUGACCAGACAGCAACCCCAGCGCCAGAGUCACCUACAAAAAAGGCCGCCCCACGGAAAAGAAAGAGUGUACUGCCUACCAGAAGUGCACGCAGCUCAGUGGCACCUGAGUCAAAUCCUACUCUACCAAAACCAAAUACCUCGCAGUCUCCUGAGCCAUCCGAAAUGCACAAUAGCACAAUUCUUGCAGAUAUCACAGAGAGGCCUGGGACAUCGGACAGUCAAGCGUCGGCUGUCAAACCUAUUCGAGCAAUGGAUACAAUCAUGGAAAAGCCCAUGGAUAUUAUGCUGAAAUCAAGAACUGCGGCAGCAGCUCCAGUGGUUGAGGAUACUGGUCCAAAAUCUCGAAUAGUUAUCACUUACCUGAUUCUUACAAACUUCAAGAGUUAUGCUGGUCGCCAGGAGGUUGGCCCAUUUCACUCUUCGUUUUCCUCUGUCGUUGGCCCUAACGGCUCCGGAAAAUCUAACGUCAUCGAUUCUCUUCUUUUUGUGUUCGGCUUCAGAGCUAGCAAAAUGAGACAGGGCAAGAUUUCCGCAUUGAUUCACAAUUCAGCAGCUUUCCCGGACUUGGAUCAUUGUGAGGUUGCUGUACAUUUCCAAGAAGUGAUGGAUCAGCCAGAUGGCACCCAUCAAAUUGUUCCCAAUUCUGAUUUGGUCAUAUCUCGAAGGGCGUUCAAAAAUAACGCAAGUAAAUAUUAUAUCAACGGAAAAGAGUCAAAUUUCACCAUUGUCACGACACUCCUUCGUGAUAGAGGCGUAGAUUUAGAUCAUAAGAGAUUUUUGAUCCUUCAAGGUGAAGUCGAGUCAAUUGCACAAAUGAAGCCAAAAGCUGCAAAUGAGCAUGAUGACGGUCUUCUGGAGUAUCUGGAGGAUAUCAUUGGCACAUCCAAAUACAAGACCCCCAUUGAAGAAUCUGCUACCGAAGUAGAGACUCUAAACGAAGUGUGUGUUGAGAAGAGCGGGCGGGUUCAGCAUGUUGAAAAAGAAAAAAAUGCACUUGAGGAUAAGAAAGACAAGGCUCUUGCUUAUAUCAGGGACGAAAAUGAGUUGUCCAUGAAGCAAUCAGCGUUGUACCAAGUUUAUAUCAAUGAGUGCGGUGAUAAUCUAGCCGUUACGGAAGAGGCUAUUGGCCAAAUGCAAACACAGCUAGACGCGGAAAUGGAAAAGCAUCAGGGCAACGAAGCAGGUAUCAAGCAGCUUGAAAAGGAGUACAAAAAAGGCCAAAAGGAGUAUGAGUCGGUUGAAAAGUACACGCAAGCAAUUCUCAAGGAAAUGGCAAACCUCGAUCAAGAGCGAGUAAAGCUUGAAGAGAAGAAGAAAUUCUUGACAACAAAACAGAAGAAACUGGAAAAGACAAUUAACACAUCCGACUCUGCCAUUUCUGAAGCUCAGGCCACAAUUGAGAAGUGCACAGAAGAAAUACAAGAAGCUGCUGCCGAGAUAGCUGCAACCGAACAGAGAAUGGCAGAAGAGGAGUCGGAGCUCGCUAAUAUUAGGGAUAGUCUCAAAGGAAAAACCCAAGCAUUCUCUGAUCAAAUCGCGGCCAAACAGAAGUCAUUGGAACCCUGGAAUGAAAAGAUCAAUCAAAAACAGUCUGCUAUUGCUGUAGCGGAGAGUGAGCUCGCAAUCUUAGAUGAGAAGGCGAAUUCCGGUGACGUAGCACUUCGGGAAAUCCAAUCAAAGGUCCAGGCCAUAGAGGAAAGCAGGGAGGCUAAACUAGAAGAACUCGAGCAAUGCAGAGGGCAAAGGGCGAAGUUGGAAAAGGACGGUGCUCGGUUACAAGCCGAACUCACGCAGUUGUCUCAGAAGGAGCCGGAAUUCCGCGCCAAACUAUCUGGGGCUCGCCAAAAAGCCGACGAAGCUCGUGCUAGUCUUUCAAACACUCAAACUCAAGGAAAUGUCCUGACUGGUCUGAUGAGACUUAAAGAAUCUGGGCGAAUUGAUGGUUUCCAUGGCCGACUGGGAAAUUUAGGCACAAUUAACCAACAAUUCGACAUUGCAAUUUCUACUGCCUGUGGAGCCCUUGAUAAUUUUGUAACGGAUACAGUCGAGGCUGGUCAGCAGUGUAUCGAAUAUCUUCGAAAGACUAACCUCGGACGAGGUAACUUUAUGUGUUUGGAUAAAUUAGGAAAUCGUGAUCUCUCACCCAUCCAAACACCAGAAAACGUUCCUCGUCUCUUUGAUCUCAUCAAGCCAAAAGAUGACAAGUUUAGACCGGCAUUCUUCCACUCAUUACAGAAUACACUUGUAGCUAAAGAUUUAGCACAAGCUAAUCGCAUCGCUUACGGAGCUAAAAGAUGGCGUGUCGUGACCUUGGAUGGCCAGCUGAUUGACAAAUCGGGUACUAUGUCUGGUGGUGGAAACACGGUCAAGAAGGGGUUGAUGUCUUCAAAGCUGGUUGCCGAAGUCUCAAAAGAGCAAGUUUCAAAGUUGGAAGUAAACAGAGAUGAGCUUGAGAAAACUUUCCAGAAGUUUCAAGAUCGCCAAAGAGACUUAGAGACGAGACUUAAAGAUAUAAAUCAUCAAAUACCGCAACUCGAUACGAAAAUGCAAAAGCUCGGUCUAGAGGUAGACAGUUCUGAGCGAAACCUAGUAGACGCACAGAGACGAAUCAAAGAGUUGAGCAAGGAGCAUCAGCCAUCUCAGACAGAUGAUAGUCGAGUAUCUGCAUUGAAGAAGGACAUCGCAAAGCUUCAAAAAGAAAUUGAGAAACUUCAUGCGGAGACAGCAAGCGUUGAAGGUGAAAUCAAAGCUCUCCAGGACAGAAUUAUGCAAGUUGGUGGUGAGAAGCUUCGUGCUCAGCGUGCUAUGGUGGAUUCUUUAAAAGAAGAGAUUGAUACCCUCAGCCAGGCCAUGUCAACAGCAGAAGUGACCAAAACCAAGGCUGAAAAACAAAUCCUUAAACACGAGAAAGAUCAUGCUAAGGCUACUAAGGAGAUACAGGCUUCUAUUGCGGAUCUAGAAGCACUAGAGCAGGAGAUUCAGAAUCAAGGAUCAAGCUCUGAAGGAUCACAAGCUCGAGUUGAUGAAGCCCAAGAGACUCUGAGAGAGAAGAAAAAAGAGCUUAGUGCUCUCAAAGCUGACCUUGAUGAGAAAACUACCGAACUCAAUGAGACCCGCGCAGUUGAGAUUGAAAUGCGCAACAAGCUUGAAGAAAACCAUAAAGUAUUGACUGAGAAUCAAAAGCGACUAAGAUAUUGGCAAGAAAAGUUGGGUAAGCUUACUCUGCAGAGUGUUAGUGACUUGGGCGAAGAAGUUGAGCAAGAGGAACUUCCUACUUUUACCAGAGACGAACUCGCCGAUAUGAGCAAGGAGGCAUUGAAGGGAGAGAUCGCAAUUUUGGAAGAGAAAACUCAAAAUGUCAAUGUCGAGCUUGGUGUUCUUGCAGAAUAUCGUCGAAGAGUUGAAGAACAUGCUGCGAGGAACCAAGACUUACAAAGUGCUGUAACUCAAAGAGACACAGCCAAGAAACGCUGCGAUGAUUUGCGACGCCUUCGUCUCGAAGGCUUCAUGGAAGGUUUUAGUACAAUCUCCCUUAGACUUAAAGAGAUGUACCAAAUGAUCACCAUGGGAGGGAAUGCCGAGCUGGAACUAGUGGAUUCGCUGGAUCCAUUCUCGGAGGGGAUUUUAUUCAGUGUGAUGCCACCAAAGAAAUCUUGGAAAAACAUCUCCAAUUUGAGUGGUGGUGAAAAGACAUUGAGUAGUUUGGCACUGGUGUUUGCUUUGCAUCACUAUAAACCCACACCUUUAUAUGUAAUGGACGAGAUUGACGCUGCUCUUGAUUUUAGAAAUGUUUCCAUCGUAGCGUCUUACAUCAAGGAACGAACAAAAAACGCACAAUUCAUCGUUAUCUCGCUGCGAAACAACAUGUUUGAACUCGCGAGUAGGUUGGUCGGAGUAUACAAGGUCAAUCAUAUGACGAAGAGCGUGACGAUAGAAAAUAAGGAUUACAUCACGGGUCGAGCAUGA